AUGUUUGCACCCCUUUCGGAGGACAGGACAAUCUACCAGGUUUUGAAAGGCGACGAAAGGUACUCGCGUUUAGUCAAAGCCAUCGACUUGAGCGACAGGGUCAUCAACCUUUUGGACGACCCCGCGGCCAGCAUCACUUUUUUUGCAGUUCCAAAUACAGGCAUCCCACAUCGUCAGCCCUCGCACGGGGACGACGACGACGACGACGACAAUCAUCAGUUCGGUUGCGCAUCUCUCGCACCUAAACGUGGGGAUGAGCGUGAUAUCGCUCAUGACCUUGGUCAUCUCGUCCUUCAGGUUGAAGAACUUGAUGACAUUCCCGAGUCUCGUGACAAGGACCACCGUAAGGAGGCCCUUGGCCGUAUCAUCCGUGGUAUCCUCGCGUAUCACAUCUUGCCUGAGAAGUUGGAUUCUGCUGCACUCGUUCAAAAUUCUACAUAUGCAACAAACCUGACACUGAAGGAUGGAAGCAUGGACUAUCAGCCAUUGCGCUUGAGCGUUCAGAGCACGAUUGUUCCCCCUCGUCUCAGGAUUAAUACUGUGGUAGAUGUCAUAAAGCGCGAUAUUGAGGCUAGCAAUGGUGUGAUCCACAGUAUCAACAUUCCUCUCCUGCCUCCCCCUUCCUUGUUCAGUGAGAUGUUUGUUGUUCCCGAAGUCUUCUCAUACGUGACGUCUGCUAUUCAACGCGUGGAAUUGACUGGCGCAAUUGAUCGUUGGUGGACCCCCGGCAAAGAUGGUGGUCAUGGAUCAUUUGUUGGCGCAGAAAUCACUACUUUCUUUGCCCCCACAUCGGGAGCAUUCAAGCGUCUUCCCCACAAAUUACGACAUUUCUUGUUUUCGCCCUUUGGCACUAAAGCACUCAAGAAACUUCUGGAGUAUCAUAUCGUGCCUCAAGUCGUGCUGCACACAGACUACGUGCACGAUGCUACAUCUUAUGCCGCCUUCAUUGAUGACCGGGAAGCUGGUGUCCCUUUAUACGCUUACAAUCUCACCCUUCCCACCCUGCUGGAGGAUUAUUCCGUAAAUGUUCAGGUUGCGCGCUACAAAGCCAAGAUUCCCCUUCCUGGUCCUGCCCGCUACUUCACCAGGUUUAUGGUCAACGGUCGCGAUGUUGGACCGUAUGACAUUCCCGCUCGGAAUGGUGCUUUGCAUGUCAUUACAACUCUGCUCGAUCCUCGUGGCCACCACAAAGAAGACCAUAAACAUCAUGGGCGUGAAUCGGUUGAUAUCGACUGGGAGGAUUGGGAGGAGUGGCUGCCACAAUGGGCCAUGCAAGAUUAA